AUGUCGUUUUGCCGAGUUGCCGACGAGAAGCAGCAGAAACCCUUUCAUCGGAUUGGUGUAAAGAGUGCCGUCGGGAAGCACCAGUGGAGGUUGGCGGUGGUGAUCUCGAAAAUUUAUGAAGUCGGAUUUUCCUUAGAAACUGCUGAAUUCUUGUCGAAGAGAGUCUAUUUUGAGAAUUCUGAAAGACCAGAUUGCGUCGUUCAAUUUCUCAGAGAUAAUGGACUCACCAAUGCGCAUCUCUCAAAACUUGUCAGGUCGAUAGGUGUUUCAGGAAGCGACCUGGCAGAUGUGGUCUCUUUUGGCGUGAAUAUCUUGGAGCGGAGCCUGAGUAAGAAAAUCAUCCCCUUUUGUAAUACCUUAAAGAACUAUCUCAAAGACGAUGACAAGAUUCUCAGUGUGUUGAAAUGUAAAAGUUUUGUGUGUGGUAAGUCUUUGUUGCUUGCUCACAACAUCUCAAUCUUGCAACGGCUCGGAGUUCCCAAAUCAUCGAUUACGUUUCUGCUUACCCAUCAUCCCAGUGUACUGUGUAGCAGUGAUGAAAAGUUUAAUAGAGAGGUUGAAAAGGCCGUUGGAUUUCGAUUCGACCCUUCAAGAAUUAGUUUUGUCUACGCACUUGAUGCACUUUGUUCGAUAUCUAGAGAGUCAUGGGUACAUAAAUCGGAUAUUUACAGGAGGUUGGGUUGGUCGGAAGAUGAGUUCCUUUCAGCUUUUAGAAGCUUUCCAAAAUGUAUGGAUUAUUCCAAAGAGAAUAUCACAAGAAAAAUGGAUUUUUUUGUGAACAAAUUUGGUUGGCCUCCUGCAACUGUUUCUAAAGCACCAGUAGUUCUGAGUUACAGUACGGAGAAGAGGAUAAUCCCUAGGUGUUCAGUUAUCAAAAUUUUGCUUAAUGAAGGGUUACUCAUGGAAAAUCCUCCUUUGUCAACUUCUUUAACUUCUUCUGAUAAAAGAUUUCGGGAUAGAUUUGUGGUUGCAUACCAGGAGCACGUGCCUCAACUGCUUGAUAUCUUUCAAGGGAAAGUGAAACUUUCCGAAUUGGACUUUAAAUCCGAAGGGAUAUCUUGGGUUCAACAUUUUUAG